AAGUUUCCUUAUUUUUUCUCUCUCAGGCUCUCAUUGAAGAUGACUGCCUGCCAAUGGACCAGUUUGCUCUCCACUUGAUGCCUCAUCUUCUACAUUUAGCAUCGGACAGGGUUCCAAAUGUCAGGGUCUUGCUAGCAAAGACGUUAAAACAAACACUUCUAGAGAAGGAGUACUUCCUGACUUCUGCCAUUUCUCACCAGGAAGCAGUGGAGCAGACCAUCAUGGCUCUACAAAUGGAUUAUGACAGUGAUGUCAAAUACUUUGCCAGUAUACACCCUGCUUGCACCAAACUUGCUGAUGAUGCCAUGAGCACUGCCUCUUCCACCUACUAACCAGCUUACCUUUCCAAGGCCUAAUGUAAACAAAAGACAGCUAUGUCAAUACUUUUUAAUUCCUAUGCUACUCAACAAGGGAAGAGUAUAAAAGAACUCUAGAGGAAUGCCACCAAAGCCUUAAAUCUCCUGUCUUCCUGAGAUUAUGAUAAACUUGAAUUGGCAGAUGAUUAACAUGUCUGAGGGAAUAAAGAUUCUACUUUUUUUUUUUUCUUUGUUCCAUUCUUUAUAAUUAUUCUUUCUAACAUAUUCACUGCAAAAGCUGGUACUUAGGAGGCUGCUGAUAUGGGAUCAUUACAUUUUAUGCCAUAAGAAAACUUUCAGCUGAGUGUACUUUACAAGUAGACUGUAAAUUGUCUUUUGACGUUCUCUUGGUAAAAACGGGACAUUACUUGCAGUGAAAACCUACAGUAACCAUUGUAUGAGAUUUCCAGUAUUAAUUGCAAUGGGAUUUUAUUCAAAGGUAUUUCUUGGCACUAUCUUAAUGUGUGAAUAGUUUUGUUUUUUUUCUCCUUUUCUUUAUGAAUGUGUGUAAACUGAGAAAAAAAUGUAGAUUUUUUUUUCUUAAGGGCUCAGUGCUAACACUACAUUAGAAACUGAUUUUAAUCCUUAAAUGCAGCAUAUUGCUGUACUUAUAGGCAAGCAUUGCUGUAAAGUACCUCUGUCCUAAUUUGUUUUUAUGCUGGUCAAGACCUGAAGGAAAUGUAUUAGUUUCAUGUACUUCAAGUCAGGUUUUUUUAACUUGAUCAUGAUCAGCUAUGAGGAGCAUCACUUGCUGUCUUCAUAUAUGUGUACAUAUCUGCCUGCAUUCCUUGGAGUGCUGCAGUGUUUAAUCAUGUUGUUUAAAACUGUUGUAAUACAGGUUUAUCUGCUUGUCUGAAUAAAAUUUAAUAAUACGUUUCAA